GUCGCCUCGAUCGCAGUCCGAAAUAAAAUCGCGGGAAAUUCACAAUAUAAAUAUAAACCAUGGUCAAGACAUCUGCCAGCCUGGGAAAUAGCAUCUUGCUAGGUGUUUCUCUAGUAUUCCUAGUUCUCGCCAUUCUCACCGAAGCUGCACCCUAUCAGGAGCUGGAGCCCCGCAAAGGUCAUGUGCCCGUCUAUAUUCGACACGGCGAUGAACCGCUGAGCGAAAUCCAUCCAGGACUGGCCGAGGCCUUCAGGGAAAGCGAAUCCCAGAACCACGUCACUGAAGCUCCCCAAGCUGAAACCACAAACCCACCAAGCUCAUCUGAUGGUCCUGUUCCAUCCAGCUCAACGGUUUCCGAUAUAGCCAGCUUUGAGGCCAUCAAAGCCAAAACGGAAUAAUACACUGGAAUAAAUUUGAAAUCUAUCCCAAAACUUCUUUGGUUUACAAGUUAAGUCGAUCAGUGAAACUAAAUACAAACAAAUAAAUGUUUAAUUA